UCCAUCAGAAUCACCGGGCGGCUUCGCUGGCCUAACACAGACCUUAUCUCCGGGAUUUUAACCUCUUUUUAUUUUUAUUAAGUCCAUCCAAAUUAUCUGUAGCUCUUCUAUUUGUUAGAGUGCUUUGACUUUUACUUGAACUGUUUUAUUUAGAUCAUUCAUUUUUAAUCAUUUCAUUCAUUUGUAUCGCAUAGAAAAUAAAUAUUCACAAGGAUUUUUUUAUUAUUAUUUUUGUGAAGAAAUUCCACGGAUUUGUCUGUAUUUUGAGGUUUUUCUCCCUUCACCUGAAAGGAUUUUGGCUUCAUCCUCCUUCCUCUAAAGCUCUAAACAUGCCCAGUGAGAAACAGCCCGCUGCCGAGAUGAAGUGUCUGAGUGCUGCUCCAGAUGAUGACAGCAGCAGCACUAACAGCAACGACUUUGGUUAUCCUGACUUUGGCAAGAAGGUCCCUCUGGACAGCCAAUAUCCUGAUUUGGACGCAGAGAGCCAAAACUUCCUCCCUGAAGUUCACUCCAGCAAGAAGAAGUAUGAGGCUGAAUAUCACCAAGGCAGUGCCUCCUUUGGGAUGUCCGUCUUCAACCUAGGUAAUGCCAUCAUGGGCAGUGGCAUCCUGGGUCUGUCCUGGGCCAUGGCCAACACUGGCAUCGCCCUGUUUGUGAUUCUCCUCGUGGCCGUCGCCAUCUUCUCUCUGUAUUCUGUCCACUUGCUGCUAAAAACGGCCAAUGAAGGAGGUGCCCGCGUUUACGAAGAGCUGGGUGCCAAAGCCUUCGGGAUGCCUGGCAAACUUGCCGCCUCCUGCUCCAUCACCAUGCAGAACAUCGGAGCCAUGUCAAGCUACCUCUACAUCAUUAAAUACGAGCUGCCUAUCGUCAUCCAGGCUUUUACAGGAGCCAACAACAAUGAAUGGUACAUUAACGGAGACUACCUGGUGCUGCUGGUGUCACUCUGUAUUAUCCUGCCACUCUCACUGCUCAGAAACCUGGGCUACCUUGGUUACACCAGUGGAUUGUCCCUCCUCUGCAUGGUGUUUUUUCUUAUCGUGGUGAUUGUAAAGAAGUACCAGAUCUCGUGCCCUCUGCCGUUUUCCGACCAUGUGAAUGAAACCAUGCAGAUGUUGAACGGUACCUCCACCAGCAUCAACUCCACUGGGGACGAGGAGGACACAUGCACACCAAAAUAUGUCGUUAUCAACUCCCAGACGGUCUAUGCUCUACCCAUCCUUAUCUUCGCCUUUGUGUGCCACCCGACCAUUCUGCCCAUGUACGAGGAGUUGAAAGAUCGUUCUCGCAAAAAGAUGCAGAACGUUGCCAAUGUGUCCUUCCUAGCCAUGUUCAUCAUGUACCUGCUGGCUGCCCUCUUUGGAUACCUCACCUUCAACAUACACGUGGAAGCUGAGCUGCUGCAUACAUAUUCCAGGAUCUACAAGAACGAUGUUCUUCUGCUGGUGGUCCGUCUGGCUGUUCUGGCUGCCGUCACCCUCACAGUUCCUGUAGUGCUCUUCCCUAUCCGUACAUCCGUCAUCCACCUCUUGUGUCCCAACAAAGACUUCAGCUGGAUCCGCCACAUCAUCAUCACUGUGGUCCUGCUUGGUAGCACCAACCUCCUGGUCAUCUUUGUUCCCACCAUCAAGGAUAUCUUCUGCUUCUUUGGCGCCUCUGCUGCUUCAAUGCUGAUCUUCAUCCUGCCAUCAGCUUUCUACAUCAAACUGGUCAAGAAGGAGCCAAUUAACUCUCAACAAAAGAUUGGGGCUAUCUUGUUUCUGAUAUGUGGAAUCAUAGUGAUGGUUGGCAGCAUGAGUCUCAUCAUCGUGGACUGGAUCAUGAACAGCACCAAAGACAACGGACACUAAAACUCCAGCUUGGCAGAAACCAGGUUCUCUGACUUGGACUGUAACUAAUGCACAAUCAAGAUCAAAACUUGUCACGAACGAAGAAUACCAUUAAAAAAAACUCACUUGAUUCUCAGUUUUGACCUACUGAGCGAUGGUCCAUGCCAUUCCUAGAGAAUGUAUCUGAACUUUGUACAGUACGCUGUUGUAGACCACAAAGAUGGUGUUUUUUUUUCUUUUUCUUUUUAUUGUAACUUUGAAAAUGUUUUAAUCUUUAUAUAGUUAGGGUACAGCAGAAAACAACUACAUAAAUGUGCCUCGUAGAGACAACAUAGCGGUAGAGUUUAAAAAGCUACUCUUGGGUUUGUGGUGUUUGAGUGUGUCUGUAACCUCCAAGCUCAACCACAACAUCCUGCUGAGAAAAGUAUGUUAAGACUGACCGGAGGCUACGUGACUUGAACAUUUAUCCCACGGUUAUUUUUAAAUGUUCCUCAUUUAUUUUGUUUUUUACUUUGCCAAAAAAUGUGUUUGUUAAACAUCCUUGUAUGUGGAAGAGCACCUGAGGUCGGGCACUUCUGUCAGCGGCGUGCCCUAAAACGUUUUCAGUAUUUCUACUAAAGCUUUGUGACAUUGUUAGAAGCUCCUGUGUCUGUUAACAGAACCAGACUGUGAGAACUGCAGAGUAUUAUACAAUAGAUCAAGACUUAAACUGUACUUAACACUUUAUAGCUUUUCAAAUAUUUUAUUGGUACCGGUACAUAAUGCGAGGCGACAACAAUGCUGCUUUGAGGAGUAUAAAAAAUGGAAAUCUGCUAAUUUCUGGUUCUCUACUUGUGGACAGGGAUCCACAAAAACGGGAAUCCCACCAAUUUUCUGGCUCCAUUUUCACUCAUGAACGUGGAAACAAAAAAAUAAAAACGUAAAUCUUUGGAAUUCCAGUUCCAUUUUCCAAUUGUGAACAUGGAGCCACAAAAACUGGAAAUUUUCUGAUUUAUGGUUCCAUGUCCGAUCAUGGAUAAAGAGCCACAAAAACAUUUCUUCUCUCCUAGCCAGAGUGAAGGGACACAAUUCUUUAUGGGAGAACUCUUUAAAUUUGACUACAUGCAGUGGUUGUGAUAUUUACCUGUUACACUUACAAACCAACAAAGAACAACUGUAUAAAGUCCAGCGUGCUCUUUAACAUUACCAAAYGAACAGAAGAGUGGAUUUUGUGUUUUUUUACGUGCGGUUACACGGUUUGUGCUUUUUGAAAUGUUUCACAAUGAAGAACUUGGGAGCUCAGCGAGAACUCACUUCUCGCCGCGAGACGAUGCACUGUGCUUCCGACACGCAUCAAAACUGUUUUUGUCAUCUAUUUAUGGGAGACCGUUUAAUCAGUGUCAUCUAUUUUAAUAUAUUUAUAUAUUAUUGUGUACAUAUGUGUGUGUGUAUAAAUCUGUUGUGUUUGAAUGUAAAUAUGGUUUGCUUUCUUUUCUUUUUUUAAACCAAGAAAACAUUGGCGAUGUAAAAGAAAAAGGUGGUGAAUUUGUGACGCUGUUUUUUUCAGCUCCUGAAUACAAAAGAUGAUGGAUCAAAUUGUUCUUUUUGGCACAGCACGGUCGGAGAGGACACCAAACCUCUCCUGACCUCAGAAGCAAAAAGGGCUUUGCCCGUCAGAUUAAAUACUUGUUUCAAUGAAACACCUAUAUGUAUAUUUUGUAUUUAAUGUCCUAAUAAAACCAACUACACUCAA